AUGUAUAUCAGCAAUCAUUCUCCAAGAAAAAUUCCUGUUGGAUACUCGGCUGCUGACGACCUACGAUUCCGUAUAUCUCUUGCUCACUACCUUGAAUGUGGCGAUGAGUUCACGUCUGCAGACUUUUAUGGCGUUAAUUCAUAUCAAUGGUGUGGACAUCAAAGUUUUACCUCUAGUGGAUAUGAUAGCUUGGUAGCAGAUUAUAAGGACUACUCGUUGCCCAUUUUCUUAUCAGAGUACGGUUGUAAUGCUGUGUACCCUCGACUGUUCCAAGAGGUUUUGGCUUUGUACACUCCAGAGAUGACUGAAGUAUUUAGUGGAGGCUUGGUUUACGAAUUUACACAGGAGCCUAACAACUAUGGGUUGGUAGAACUUGACCAGUCAGGAAAUGCUUACACAAUAGGCGAGUUCGAUACUCUCAAAGAAAAGUUUAACCAAGUCAAUGGUUUUGAGCCUCGAACCCCGCAAGAAAACUCUAGACCGACUAUAUGUAAAGAAGAGUAUGAUAAUAUCAACUUGGAAAUCCCGAUUCCCAGUAGCUUUGGUGUUGACAUGAUAGCACAUGGGUUGCCGGUUCGUAGAGGAACAUUUGUACAUGUCACGGUCAACGCCACUAUGCACCGUAUUUACAAUACAAACGGUGAGGAGAUGACCAACAAGGAAAUCAAGAUUCUCCAACCCUUGACACUCCAAAACCCAGACAGAACUCCUAAUGCCGGUAUGUUUGAUGCCUCCAAUUCUAUAAAUAACACCACACAUCCAGGUAUUGAGUAUGCUACGGUAAGUGAUGGGGUAGCACAACCUACUCUACCCUCAAAUAUUGCCAGGAGAGUAGAAGAAAGAAAACACCUUGAUCAACACAAGAAGUUGAAUGGUGGCUUUGCGGAAUCUUCAGCCAGUGUGUACCCGAGCUCAAAAGCUUCUAAAGUGACUGAAUCAACUAAUAGCGGGGGUAAAAAACAAAGUUUAACACUUUUAGCUUCUGCUAUAGCUUGUGGAUUCGUUGGGAUCGUAUAUGGAAUGCUUUGA